AACGAUUGACAGCCUAGAUCUUGGCAUGUCACAAGGCCGCAUGUACGCUCUCCUGAAGCGACAAUCUUCUGGCCCUUCAGGCCAGUUCAUCUCGCUAAAUACUCAAAUCAUACAAAGCUCAGGCACUUGAGUCUGAGCAGGGCCUAAAUGCCGAAGAAAGCCAUAGAGUUCUUGUCAUGUCACAGCCUGUGGCACUGCAGCCCGGUGGCCAUGCCUUGUGAGAACGGAUGUUGGCAUGCGUCCACAUGAAACACGUCGUUCCUGGACGUUUCUUGGCUUCGCGUCCAUUCUGGCACCUGCAUGUGUCCAGGUGUGGCACUCUGUUGCUGGAAAUCCUGUUGGUUGCAGCGGUCGGGUUGGGCCCAAGACAAGGCCUUUUUCAACGAUUGCUGGCUGACUGAUUGCCUGUUUCGGGCUUUGGUUUCCUGUUUCGGAGUUCAGUGCUGGCAGCCCAGAGUGGCGACCAAGUGCAGCAGCGGCUGCAGGCUUCCCUUUGUCCUUAAGCCGAAGAAGCGCUUCGUGGCUUUUCGUGUUGGCAACUGGCUUUGCUUGCUUCAUCCAUGGGGGUUGAACGUGACGCUGAAUGAUGUGGAUGGGCAACCCUUGUUCGAGGCUGAGGAAGGAACUGCUGUUCAGUGGGUGCCACCUCGCGGAAGCCUUGGCUCUUGCGCACCCACCAAAGCUUGGCAGCGAAGAGCCUUGUCACUGGAGUCGGUGUAUCUCACGGAGCUUCGUGCUUGGGCUGCGCGUGAUGAGCGCCAAGCACCUCAAAGAUCCGCACUGCCGCGGGCUGAUCGUUUCAAUCGAAGAGACAAAACUCAAGGUUGGCCUCGUGCACUGCGUGCAGCUAAGACGAAGCAUCGCCUGAAUGCGCUUGUCGUGGAGGCAGCAUCUUCCUGCAAAUGUGGGUCCGACAUUGCCCUGAUCCUGGAUGGCUGCGAGGGAAACACCUGCCGAGCCCUGCAGCAGCGGAAGAUCCGUUCCCUGGCGCCCAACGUGGCACCAUUGACACAGAAAGCCUUGGAGGAGUGGUGUACCAGUUGGUGCGGCCGCAUUGAGGACUUUCUGCGGUUGGAUCUUUCAAGCCUUGGCGCGGUGCGGCUACUGUACUUGGAUCACACAGGGAGCUUUGCAUCCCGCGCCAGCCAUAUUGAGGCCGCAUUCAAGUCGGGCAUUUUGAAGCCAGGGUCUGUUUUGGCUUGCACCUUCUCUAUGCGCUACUCACCUGUGGAGGACUUGGCAAGUCGCAGGUGGCUCCCGCGUCACUGGAGCCGUGCUGGUGCGCUGUUCGCCUUGGUCACAGCUGUCGAUGGCUGCGCUCGAGCUGUUGGGUUGGAGGUCAUGGGCAUUGACCUUCCAGGACUAAAUGACUAUGACCUGUUUGACUCGAAGCAAGUGCAGGCCAGCACCCAUGAAAUGUCAGCAACAGACUGGGCGGCUGCGGCUUUAGAAAGAGAUGACGUUUUGUCUUUGGCCGAAGCGAUGUGCCUUUGGGUCAAGGAGAAUAGAAGUGAUGGACUGGAUUGGCUACGUGCUGCAGUGGCUCCUGCGGCCUUUCGGGUGCGUGAUGCUUGCGGAGGGCAAGUUUUGGGCUGUGCUUGGCGCGGUGGUGGCGGUGAUCGUGGCAGCCCGCAUUGCUUGCUUGGUGGCGCUGCAGAGGUGAAGGACAAGGACCUUGCAGCUUUGCGCCGUGCAGCCGCCCGGCUGCGCUGUGGCACGGCCUACCGGCCCUGCUUUGGCGACGGUUGGGAGGUGUCCAAAGCAGACGCUCCCGGAACUCGUGCUUUUCACCGUAGCACCAUGGUCUAUCCGGAGGAGAUGAUGUUCUUCAUGGUGAAGGAUGUGCAUGAUGGAUACAUGUUGCUGCCAUUUCGAGCUUUUGAUGUAAGACUAGUGACUAGUGCUCACCUUUGGAUGGAGAAGGCGUAG